UCUUUGCCCACGUGGCAAGUAUCGACGGUAGUGGCCACGCUAAAAGCUGAAGUGGUCCAGUCUAAACCCUAAACCACUAAGAGCCCUAAUUUCUUUGCUUGAGCGCCAAGCAUCCUAUCCGCCCCGCUCGUCGCCGGCGCGCACAAAUCUUCACGCGACGCGACGCGACGCUCUCCGGAUUUCCAUCGCGGCGCAGCCGUAGCCGAGCGCUCUCCUCAUGGAUCGCUAUCAGCGAGUGGAGAAGCCACGAGAUGAGACAUCGAUCAGCGAGAAUGAAAUUCGCAUCACGACGCAGGGCAAGACGAGAAACUAUAUCACCUACGCUAUCAGCUUGCUCCAGGACAAAAGCUCUGAUGUUGUCUUGAAGGCGAUGGGCCGUGCAAUCAACAAGACUGUCACCAUUGCCGAGAUUAUCAAAAGGAGGGUCGCGGGGCUUCAUCAAAUCACCACAAUCGGCUCCGCGGACUUCACGGAUACUUGGGAACCGCUCGAGGAAGGACUUGUGCCUCUGGAAACGACUCGGCAUGUUUCUAUGAUCAGUAUCACACUGUCAAAGACGGAGCUAGACAGCACCUCAUCAGGAUAUCAGGCUCCUCUUCCUGCUGAUCAAGUGAAGCCGUUGGUGGAGCCGGAAUACGACGGAGAAGUAUCACCUCGAGGAGGCAGAGGCCGAGGCCGGGGGCGCGGACGAGGCAGAGCUCGUGCUGGAGGGAACGAAGUUGCGGUCGCUGACUACGGUGGUGGCUACGAUGCUGGUUGGGGGCGAGGCCGAGGUGGCCGAGGCCGUGGAAGGGGCCGCGGGUUCCAAGGCCGUGGUAGAGGCUAUGCCACGGAGUUUUAUCAGAACACCGGGAGGGGAAGAGGAGGCUACGGAGACAACGUUUACGAGGACAACCGGGGCCGCGGUCGAGGUGGAUACCAACAAGGCCGGGGCCGUGGUGGAGACGAGUACCAGGAAGUGGCGAACGAGGACGCCGGAGCAAGGGGCCGAGGCCGUGGUCGAGGAAGGGCAUUUCGUGGUGGCCGUCGGGGAGGCGGCAGACCACGCGGAGGAUUUCAGGAAUAAGACGAGAUCUCUCUCUCCAUACUUCGUGGUAAAGCCUCUCUCCUCUAGCGGCAUCUUUUGUGUUGACAUAUAGACUAGCUGUGGUGGUAGUCACCCGAGUUUUCUUGCCUCUGACACGUUACAAUUUGGAGGUGUUAUAUUCCUUUCUUGUUUCUAACUGUACAAAACAAAAGCUUUUUUUACUG